CCACUCUCGGCUUUUUUUUUUUCUGCUCGCUCUACUUCCAGGGGGAAGAAAGAUAGAUCUAAGGGGAAAGAAGAGCAAAACCAAAAAACAGACUAAAAGGGAACAACAAGCAAGACAUCUUCUUGAAAAAGGACCAGUGUAACAAGAAAGGUACUGUCUAGGUAACAAAAGAAAGCAGCAAACAUGUCGUUGCCGCCACACAGGGAACCGUUCCUGUUGAACAAAUUUUUGGACGCGGAGAGCCAGCAGGACUACGAGUUUAGAAGACCGUGCCUCCACUCCAAGAACUUCUGCGACUACGAAUUCUUCCGGCGAAUGAACAUCAAGGACAACUUCGUUGAAGCCCGAUUUCCUCGAUUCAAACACGCAGACUUCCUGUAUUUUAUUCUAAUACGCAUAUAGUACCAAUGUAGACAUGAAGCAGAUUCUUGUUUCGGAUGAAGAUCGGAGCAUUGAUGUUCAUGCGCUCGUGCACACACUGCAACAAUUAUUUCGCACUGCACUCAUGCGCAGCUCGAGCAGCACUUGAUAUAAUAAGUAAUUGAAGAUGGUUAUGCAAAGCGCUAACAUGUUAUUAAUAUUAACUCGUGCUGUGCCUUUUCGUUUUCACUAAAGUGAGAACUACGCAUGAAAAAAAAAUCGACUAUCUGCAGGUACAAACUUCCCGACUGCGCCGUGACACAGAGGGAUGCAGAUGACGCGAAGGAGCGAGGCAGCUUGAGUCCGCGAGGACACGGGCCGGGCAAGACCACCUGGGGCAUGACGAUCGAUAAUCACCACUGCCAACAGCGAACGGCGUUUCCCGAGCGCAUGCGCGACGUCGAAGGAAACAAGGUACUAGUACAUCAACAAACGGGGUGCAUUAUCUAUCACGACAAGAAAAAUACUACAUAUGAAGACCACGACCUCAUGCGUGUUGUUUCACGUGGACAAUAGUGGAGCUUGAAAAUGGAAUGCAAUGAUAAUAUGCAAAAAAAAAACCACAGGAAAUGAUGAACAGCGGGCCAGCCGUGUUUAAGACCGUGAUGGACAAUUUGGCCAACGGUUCCAGGGAUCUCAGUUUCCGCCGUCUGCUAUCCCACAGAAAAAAGCUGGCAGGUCACAAAAAUAAAUACACAAAAAAAUCCGUAUUGCGUAUCCUCAACAGCAUGCUAUGAGGCCGCCCAUGACAGAUUUUUCUGUGUAUUUAUUUUUGCAUUACAAAUAUGCCCUGCCAGCUUCUUUCUGUGGGAUAUCUGCGCUACAUGGAAAAGUCCAAGGGCGGCAAGACGUUCGAGACCCGGGCCCGCGACGAGAAAUGGAACCGGUUUCGGGAGGGCGCGGGUCCCAUAUGGAUUGCAAAUAUGUCUGGGUCUGGAAGAGUACAAACUUGCGAUGCGCAUUUCAGAACACAGAAAAAUCUCUCAUGCAUAGCUAGGUAGCAAAAGCUGCCCACUUUCUGUCACCAAAGUGGAGGACCUGUGAUGCGGAUUCGGCAUUGCGGAAGCUUCUCGAAACCUGUGAUGCUAGAGCUUCCAUGCCAGACCUUCUGCGUCAUGCAAAAACAGCAUUACUCUAACUCUUCCAGAUCCGCAGACAGUUUUGCAUUUGGUAUCCCAUCACGCGCACCAAAUUCCUCAACGUCAACGAGGCCAAGGCACGCUACGGGACUUUUCGAGUGCCAGGUAAAAAUUGUGCUCCACAGGAUUCCUCAUUCGCUCCUUUUCAAGAAGGUUAUUCCUGUGGUAUUCGUAUUUCAGCAUAAGUAGAGUUUAAUUUUGUUUUUACCUGCUCGGGGAUACUGUUGGAGAUGGAGAUGAAAAAAAAUCAGGUGCGAAAUCCGUGCCGCAACUGCCUUACUGGUCGGACAGCGGUGAGCAGAGCCGAGUGACCACUAUCAAGUGUAAAAGUGUCUGGGUCUGGAAGAAGGCGCGAUUUGUGAUGCUGCUUUUCCAGGACCCAUGAGGUCUGGAAUGUCGGACCUAGCAUGACAGAUCCUGCGAGACCUUUCUCAUGCCUAUCCUGCAUGAGAAACUACCUCCCGAGUUGGUCAAAGUUGGGCGACUUUUGGUAAUCAUGCAACACAGAUUUUUGCAUGCUGCAGAUUCAGCAUGACAAGUUGCAAUCUUCCAGACCCAGACAUUUUUACAUUUGAUAACCACCCCGCCGAAGCAAAACGUGCAUUAACUGGGUGAGUUCUCGAAUCCGGUUGGUGUCAAAGUACAUGCAGCAUAGAAGGCCUAAAAUCUUGUCAAUUUUUUAUUGUGCUAGGUAAAUAUGAUCACACAGGAAGAACCAAAACCAAUUCAAAUGUAUUGUUGCCAUGUCGUCGCUCUGUCUCAGGUAAAGGUAAAGCUACACUAGUCACCAUCACCGCCGUAAGAGAUCGCUAUGGUCCAGUAAGUGCUUAUGAAGAAGAAGAAAAUUUGGCAUGCCAAGAGUGGGAAUCAGUUUGGAAUUUGCAAAGGAACAAUUUUGAAGAGUUUGAAUAUGAGUCGAUUACAAUAGGUGUUUUUAGCACGUUGCAUAGGCUACAUAGGUUUACAACUGUAUACUAUUUUUGAAUCAAUCAACUGUAGGAUCCUUUUAACACUGUAUCUAAUGUUUGUACUUUACAAAGUUUUCUUUCACAAAUGUCAUUUGCGUCGGGGCCUUACCGCAGUCACGAAAAACACGAAACACUUAAAAUACGAGCAGCUUGCGCACCACGAAUAAAACCGUUACUACGAGGCGUAGCGGGCGGCUGAAAAGAGCAAGUGAGAACGGCAGCGAAUCGGACAAGGCUUUUGACUUUGUAAUUUUUAUGGGAAAAGCAAUUUGUUACUGGAGCGCCACAGCCAAAAU